UUUCAGGCAUGUUAGGAAUGAUCACUGUACUGCAAAUGUGAAUCAGUAGUCCAGUCAAGGACAAUUAACCAGUGAGCCAAAUAUUUAAAUCAUUCUACUGUGGUUUGUAUGAUUUUCAGUGUUAUGUUAAACUUGCACAUUUAUAGAUGCAAAAUUAUGUGUUGGAGAUUGUUCCUGUAUAAACUUCAUGCAUUCAUUAGUUUGCCUUUAAUAUGAUACAAUAUACAUUAUUUAUUUGAGUUUUAUUAUUUAAACCGUUCAAAAACGAGUAAGGAAGGAAUAGGUAUAAGUGAACAGAAAAGGCUUUUUGAUCUUUAAGUUCAUUGGAAGUUAACUGGAUGUAAUUGUAAAAGCCCUAGAUCUUGUAAUUACUAAUUAAACACACAACAUAAGUAAUUCCUGCACUGUCUAUGGGCCUUUUAUCUACAGGCUUGACUGCUUUACCCUCCAAGUGCACCUGCCUUUAAUAAAGCCCUAAUUUAAAGUCCCAUUACGAUCUGAGAGUGGACCGUUAGUCUUGAAAUUCAAAGACUGAGGUGUUUGGCUGAACAUUUAUUUAAUAUAUUCCCUUAUUUAAUUGCCAUUCUGCAACCUUUUCGUUUUAUAUGUGGCACUAAUAAUGUUAAAACUGUAAUAAAACUGUUAAAAAACUUCUGGCUGGAAGUGUAUUAACUAGGCAUAAUGGUUCUCAGAGAGAAUAAUGUAUUCUCCCCCCCUCCCAGAGUGCAACGACGGGACAAUGUGCAAAGUUCUGGACGUCCUUCUGGCUCUGCUAAGUCGUUUCCUGUUCACAGUGCAUGGCAUCGUGACGGUGUGGCGUGUUGUGGUGGUGAAGGGUGAUCCCUGCUAUUGGCUGCUGCUGAUGGGCGUGGCACUGCUGGGUGUAGAGAUGGCCGUUACUAUCAAAUGCACCCGCAAUGCAGAGUGGAAAUGGUUCUCUCCCAUGGUCUUCCUUUAUCUCAGUACUGUGAUUCCCUCCAUCUGGUUCCUGGAGCUAAACCUGCUGCAGUUCAAGCUGCCAAUCAACUCGUCUUCACCUGAUCUUCUCCUCCUGUCUCAUAUCCCCAUAGCAGCGGGAUUAGCAGAUUUGGAACCUGAAAACUGGGCAGCUGGUUUGGAGCAGACCAUGCUUAUCGUACUGGUACUAGGACGCUGGCUCAUGCCCAAAGGUGACAUGUCACGUGACCAGCUCUCACAACUCCUCAUGGUCUAUGUGGGCCUGGGUGCAGACAUCCUGGACAUUUUUGACACUUUCAAGGAGCCUGAAGUGAAAACCAACCGUGCUGUAAUUAUUGUGGGGCUGAGCCUCUUCUCCUGGGCCUUAAUGCAAUUCCCUUUGGUUCUGACACAAACAAAUCCCCCUAAAUCCCAUACAAAGAUCCAUCUUAAACCCACCAGCCCUGAGUUACUGCCCUGCCCCUAUACCUCCUGCUGCUCCAGUGAAAUCUGGAGCCUUCUUCUUACUGUGGGGCUUCAGGAUGGCCCGUUCCUCGUGUACCGCCUCUACCUGAUGCUUAGAGAAAACGUUCUGAAUCAGCUGAUGAUCUUCUUCACGUGUAAGAACAUUCUCAUUGUAAUGCUGGAGCUGUACAGGAUUGGUGUGGUACACUUUGAGCUGCACAGGCCUGGGGGGAGAGAAAGAUCACCUAAUGAACCUCAGAGACAGACAGAAAGAGUUGAAGGUGAAAGAUUCGAAGUUUUAGAGUCUAGCCGCCAAGGGGUAAAUGAAAGCAUUGAUUAAAGUUGAACUUUUCAAUUUAAAGUUCAGAUUAAGGUUAGGUGAGAAUCUACAAUACUGUGAGUAAACAGAUUUUCAACAGUCAGUUGAAAGGCAUAGUAAGUUCACAGACGUUUCAGCUUUCUACCUCACGUUGCAUGUUCAUUCAUUCAUCUCCAGGAACCGCGUUUCCUUUGUCAGGGUUGAGGGCAAUCCAGAGCCUAUUCCAGGAAUACUGGGCAUGAGGAAUGAAUAAACCCUGAAUGGGAUGCCAUUCACACACUCAUUCACACCUAGGGACAAUGUAGAGUAGCCAUUCCUGUCGUCGUGUCCUCACAUUGUAUUAUGUGUUGGCUUGUACAUCACUAAAUUAUCUCAAACAUUCUGGUUUUCACCAUGAUAUUCCAAGUUCUAAUUAUGAUUUUUCAAUAUUCUUUUGUUCCUACCUGCUGUUCUAACUUGAUAUAGCAAAAAAGGCGGAAUAAACCAUUGAAAAAAGUUUUUCAUGGGACUAUUUUUGUGCCAUUUUAGUUCUGUAUGGUUCAGAGGUGUUAUUCAUUAUAUACCGCCUGGAGUUUUAUUACAGAAUAAGCAAUACUAGUGCCAGAGACAAACAAAAAAGCUACAGAGAGCCAAUUAAAUUAGGAAAAUAGCAAACAAAUGUUCUUUUAAAGGCCCAAAUCUUUGUAUUUAAGUACCUAUUAACUGGCUGCUCUCAGAUCCUAUUAUUUAAUUAAAGACAGGCUACAGCAGUUAAUUCUAUAGAUAAAAGAUUCAUAGAUAUUGCUAAUAUUAAUUGUAAUACAAAUAUAUCUUGUGUACUACAAAUGCCUAAUGAGAGAGAACAAGAUCUUGGUUGCUUCCAAUUAGAUGUUGAUCAUUUCCAAUAAAAUAAAAGGUCACUAACUAUUUCUUAUAUAUACAGUUUAAUAUAAGCCAUUGCUUAAAGUUUAACUGGAAAUGCCACCAUAGUUUGUCCAAAAAGUUUAUAUUUUAACUAAUAACAACAUUCACUUAGACAAUACGGAUUUUUAUUGAAUGCUUCCAAAAACAUAUUUCUAACAUUCUUGAAAACAGUCAUUUGGAACAGUGUGAACUGGACAGAAGCCUUAAGAACCAUGAGAUGGCAGUGUUCGCGUAUUAUUUAAGCCACCAUAACAAAGACAGACAGGGCACAACUACUUGCUUGCUAACAUCAAAUGAAACCUUUUUUUUUUUGUCUGGGGUUGAUUAAAGAGCUGCAAAAACCCUCUGUUCAUACAGCUUUUAUGAAGAACACGAAUCAGGCAGAUUGUGUUUUUCUGAAGACGCGCAGUAAGAAUCAUUCAGUGUCAGGUCUUGUGAACAUGGUCUCAGUCUCAGUUACUACAUCAUUUCCAUGAUAUAGAGUAUUCUCUAUGCUCAAAGCUUUUGGGAAAAUCUUUCUACCUCAAAAUCUACUGUCCAGGUAUAACCUGAAGAUU